AUGGCAGGAGCAGUAGCAGGAGGACUCUUCAAUGCAUUUGCAUUUGCGGGAGCAGGAUACCUAUUUAAAAUAUUUGAUAAGAAUGGAUACGCUAAGGAAGCUCAUAGACACAACCUUGCAAUGGAAAACCUAACAGCUGAAAGAGAGAAGUACCUUGAGGAAGUCACUGCUAGAAGAAACAGAAUUGCUCAACUAAAGUCAGAACUAGCUAAGGCGAAUAGGGAUAUUAACGCAACAAAUAAGGCAUUGGAACUCAUCAGGAGAAUCAAUGAGUUAACACGUAAGGCUAUGCCAAGAAAGCCGCAAUUGAGCAAUCACUACAAACCCAGCUUAGAGAUGGAAGAAUAUAUGGCAAUCUUUGGAUUAAUCACUGGUGGGGUGGUUGGAGAGGCAGCUUACCUAAUGAUAUAA